GGCGCUGUGACGGGAGGCGGGGCCAGCAGAGGACAGACACCGCCCGGGAACGACGUUGAAAGACCCGGAGAGAAAUCUAAAGAUUGCCGGGACUGGAACACGGGGGACCGAGCGAGUCUCUCCCGCCGGUAGAGGACGAGUGGUCGCCGCGAGGCCCCCGUACACCUGUCACAUGACUGUAUUGAGUCGGUAGAGCCCCACCAUGAUGUCCGCCUCCAGGGCUCUGCAGCAGUGGUGUGCCCAGCAGUGUGAGGGAUACCCGGGAGUCCGGAUCAGUGACCUCAGUUCCUCCUUCCGGGAUGGUCUAGCGUUCUGCGCCCUCAUACACCGCCAGAGACCCGACCUCAUAGACUUUGGUGCCCUCUCAAAAGAAAAUGUGUUCGAGAACAACCGGCUGGCUUUUGAUGUGGCAGAGCGUGAGCUGGAAAUACCGGCAUUGCUUGACCCAUAUGACAUGGUAUCCAUGAAAGUUCCAGACCGUCUUAGCAUUAUGACCUAUGUAUCUCAGUAUUACAACAUUUUCCGGAAUUCCAACCCAGCCGGAGUUCCUCAGUUCAAACAGACCUCCCCACUGCAGCAAGGAGAUAGUCAAGUUGCACAGCCUCAGGGUAGUUUGGAUACCACAAGUCCAGCCACUCGUGUGGCACUGAGCAGCACCUGUGCCUUAUGCCAGCAACAUGUUCACCUUGUACAGAGAUGCUUAGUAGAUGGAAAGCUGUAUCAUCGGCAGUGUUUCAGGUGUAAAGAAUGCUGCAGCACUCUACUGCCAGGUUCUUAUCGACCCGGAUCUGAGACUGGCACAUUUGUGUGUACCCACCAUCAUCGUCCUCGGACAGGUACCAGCAGUCCCGAGUCUGUUGAAGAAAAUUCUAUGCAAAAUGCAGUCCAAAGCCCACCUAAACCACGCGCUCCUCCAAAACCUCCUCUUCCGAACAAACCUCAAAAAGAGCUUGAUACAGAUGGUGCACCAUACACGCGACCUGUGCCAGCACCAAGGAAGACUAGUGAUGUAGCCCCUCAGCCUCUGCCUCGAGCUCGAUCUGCAGCAGGGCAGAGUCCUGCACGGCCAACAAGUUUUGUGAAUGGUGAACAGCAGAUAUCAACUCCACCAGUCCCUAAGCCGAGAGGUAGACAGAGGUCUGUGGAAAGGGAAGAUGAAGGAAAACCUAAAAAUCCUCCUUGGAUUUCUUUGGUGGCAGCAAGUGAGCCUAAAAGAAGGGCUGCCCCGCCACCUCCAUCUGCAAUACAGAUUAAGGAUGAUGUGGAAAAGGGCUCCAAAGAAUCAGAAGAAGUUGCAAGUCAGAGCCCAUCAAAACCUGAACCCUACAAUCCAUUUGACGAAGAUGAAGAACAAGAAUCGGAUGAGAAUACUCUAAAGCCAGGUCAUCCAUGGUAUGGAAUUACCCCAACCAGCAGCCCUAAAACACAAAAAAGACCGGCACCCAAAGCGCCAAAUGCUUCCCCUCUGGCCCGUCACUCAAGUGGUCUGGCUUCCCGUCUGUCUCAUUCAGAGCCUCCUUCUGGCAGCCCAUCCCCAGCUCUAAGCACAGAGAGCCUUCCCACAGAACCCUCCACGAAGGGUCGUGAGUCGGAAAAUGUUCCUAAAAGCUCCUCAGAACCAACCAUUCACUCCCCCACCACAUCUGGACCUUCAGAUGUAGGGAACACAAACAUUGUCAACCAUUCGACAGCCAGUAGUCACGAUGCGAGUAACCUGUCUGCCAAUACCAGCCUCUCCUCAUCCAGUGACUUAGCCAAUACAAGCGAAGUACAGGAAAGCCUUUCCCCAGAAAAGAAAGAUUCCUCUUCUGACAGUCUACAAAUAAAUCCCAGCCAACAAGCUUCAUGUCCUGAUCUUGCACUAACAACCCCCUCUCCAGAAGCUAAGCAACCAGUAAAGCCUACAUGUAAAGAAAACCCCUUCAAUAGAAAGCCUUCCCCAAUCACUUCACCUACAAAUAAAAAGAGCAAGAAAGGACCAAAAACUGCACAUCGACCUGCACCAGGGCAUGGAUUUCCUCUUAUCAAACGGAAGGUUCAGGCUGAUGACUACAUCCCAGAACAUGAGAUUCAAAUGGAAAUGGAAGAGAUUGAGCUUCGUCUGGAUGAGCUAGAAAGACGUGGGGUGGAACUUGAACAAAAGCUACGAAGGAUGGAGGAUGAAACAGAUGAGGACAGUUUGUUGGUAGACUGGUUCAAGCUGAUUCAGGAGAAGCAUGUUCUGGUGAGAAGGGAGUCUGAGCUUGUAUACACGACCAAACAGCAAGACCUUGAGCAGCGUCAGGCGGAUGUAGAGUAUGAGCUUCGCUGUCUUCUCAAUAAACCAGAGAAAGACUGGUUGGAUGAGGAUAAGGAGAGAGAGCGGGUAUUAAUGCAAGAGCUGGUGACACUCAUUGAGCAGAGAAAUGCUAUUGUAAAGUGCCUGGAUGAAGACAAGCAAAGGGAAGAAGAAGAAGAUAAAUUAAUAGCAGCUAUGAUCCAAAAGAAAGAUUUUCAUGCAGAUCCUCAAAAGAAGAAGAAAGGAAAACUCAAACCUUUGAAAGUUCUUAAAUUGCUUUCCCCUAAAGACCCAAAGCAUAAGAGCCCAAAGGACAAAAAAGAUAAAGGAGACGGGGCUAAGAGGUAGAUCAGAAAUGAUGAGGAAGGGAAUAAACAAACCACAUCUUUGCCGUGCCUUCCCUUCCACUUGAGACUAAGCUGUCAAUCUCCCUAUCAAAUCACGGAGACUCCAGAUAUGAUAUGAACUACAGUCCAUAAUAGUGGGAGAUGAAUAAGGUUCUAAUUUUGCUGACUAAAUAUGCACCCAGGUAAUCUCAUUAAUAUGUCUUAUGUGAAAUGCAGGUGGUUUUAUGACUCCAAGUCAUUUAGUUAGUAAAUAAGUAACAGCUUCAUUCGGUUUACUAGACCAACAAAUAAGCAUUACCUGAAAUGUAAUGUCCUUGGGUCAGCAGAGCUGUUCUUGUUUUGGACAGCCUUUUAAUUUCUCUCACGUAUAGCGUAGCUGUCGCUCAUGAUGCUAGAAAUUUAAUGUAAAGCACUACUAUAGCACUCACUGCAAUCGAUUCUUCUUCCUUUACAAUACAUUUCUGGUUCAUUUUAGGCUUUUACAGCAUUCUAUUCCUGAACCCAAAUAAGUUCUGCUUGGUAAGAUUUUUGUUGCAUUAUUAAAAUUGCAUUUCUGCA